UAUUUUGAAAAGAAAAAAAAAAAAGAAGGAAGUUUUCAAUCUUCAAGUUGUGAUGGAGAACGGAGAGGAAAAAGGCGUGGCGGCACAUAGAACAGUAGGGACAAAGAACGAGGUUGUUCUUCGAAUUCCCGAGAGCGAAAACAUCAUUUCCUAUUCUCCUCAGCAGAAGGGUUCACCCUCAAAAGCCUUCGUAGAUUCUUCAAAUGUUGAACUAGCAGCUGAACUUCAGAGUCUAAAAAACAGUAGUACUGUUCAAUCUCCAACUGCUACCACUUCAACCCGCUCUGUUGGUCGUUCCGAAUUCUCGAAGCCAAAAUCUAGAUUGGUGGAACCGCCACAUCCAAUAGCUGCAAGCUUUCUUGAAGACAAAACCCAAAUCAAGAGCUUCAAAUCACCCGCAAGGACUUCCACCAGCAAAAAGACUACUCCUAAUGCCACACCUCCAAGGGAUGUUCCUAUUACCCCAAGAACCCCUUUGAUUGGGACUCCAAUGGAAGAAGAAGAAGAGGAGGAGGAGGAGUUUUACAAGACCACAAACGUUGAAGUGAGCAAGAAGAGAUCUGGCAAGAGGUGGAAGUUCCUGUGUAUGAUUGAAUGGGUUGGUUUUGUUUCCAUAGUUGGGUUCUUGAUUGUAUCCUUAGCAAUCAAAAGGUUGCGAAAUUCCGAAAUAUGGGGCUUGGAGCUGUGGAAAUGGUGUGUUCUUGCACUGGUUAUCCUCUGUGGGAGACUUGUCACUGGGUGGUUUAUAAAUGUUAUGGUUUUCUUGAUUGAAAGGAAUUUCUUGUUCAAGAAGAAGGUUCUGUAUUUUGUUUAUGGUGUGAAGAAGAGUGUUCAAGCAUUUUUAUGGUUGGGCAUUGUUCUUAUGGCAUGGGGUUUGAUUUUCAAUCAUGGGAUUAAGAGAUCAAGAAGAGUUAAUAGGGUUCUUGAUUACAUUACAAGAUCUCUUGCAUCUUGUCUUAUUGGGGCAGCUCUAUGGUUGGCAAAAAUGUUGCUGAUUAAGCUACUAGCUUCGCAUUUCCAAUCGGCUAGGUUUUUCAACCGGAUUCAAGAGUCAAUUUUUCAUCAAUACAUUCUUCGGACCCUUUCAGGGCCUCCCUUGAUGGAAAUUGCGGAAAAUGUGGGAAAGAAUUCAAGUAGCAGCCGGUUGAGUUUUAAGACUUUGGUUAGGGAGAAUGGGAAUGAAGAGAAGAAAGAAGAGGUCAUUGAUGUGGAGAAGCUCAAGAAAAUGAAACAAGAGAAAGUUUCUGCUUUGACUAUGAAAGGAUUGAUCAGUGUGAUAAAGAGUUCUGGAUUGACCACGAUUCUGCCGCAGAGUGUUGAUGAAGAUGAGAAUGAGCAGAUAGAUAGCGAGAUUACUAGUGAGUUGGAAGCAAAGGAGGCAGCAUAUCGAAUUUUCAGCAAUGUAGCCAAGCCAGGAAGCAAGUACAUUCAGAAGGAAGACCUAUUGCGCUUCAUGACCAAUGAAGAAGUUGAAAACCUGCUUCCGUUAUUUGAAGGAGCAGUUGCAACUGGAAGAAUCAAGAGGAAGUCUCUCAAGAAUUGGCUGGUGAAAGUCUACCAAGAGCGUCAAUCCCUUGUGCAUUCGCUAAAUGAUACAAAAACAGCUGUCGAUGAUUUGAACUUGCUUGCUUCCGUGCUCAUCAUUAUUGUGAUCAUCAUUGUUUGGUUGCUUAUAAUGGGGUUCCUCACAACCCAUGUUCUUCUCUUUAUUACAUCUCAGCUUUUACUCGCGGUGUUUAUAUUUGGUAACUCAGCUAAGACUGUCUUUGAAGCUAUUAUAUUUGUUUUCGUGAGGCAUCCGUUUGAUGUUGGCGAUCGUUGUGUCAUCGAUGGUGUUCAGAUGACUGUUGAGGAGAUGAACAUACUAACUACAAUCUUCUUGAGAUUUGACAAUGAAAAGAUUUCAUAUCCAAAUUCAGUUCUAGCAAACAAGCCUAUCAGUAACUUCUACAGGAGUCCAGAAAUGAGCGAAUCAAUCGAAUUUUCUGUCGAUAUGUCGACACCAAUCGAGAGUAUCGCAGCUCUGAAGUCAAGAAUAAAAUCAUACUUGGAGAGCAAGCCGCAGCAUUGGGGUCCGAACCAUAGCGUGGUGGUUAAAGAUAUUGAGAAUGUAGACAAGAUGAAAAUGGGACUCAAUGUUAAUCACACCAUAAACUUUCAGAAUUAUGGGGAUAAGAGCAGCAGAAGAUCUGAAUUACUCUUGGAGUUAAAGAAAAUUCUUGAGGAUAUUAAGAUUAAGUAUCAUCUUCUGCCACAAGAAGUUCAUCUGAGUUAUGUAAAUUCCGAAAAUUCGACAAAACAAACCGUUUGGAGAUGAUGAUAUCUGUUCAUCUGUUUAUAUAUCUUUUCAGUUUCGCAUGAAUUUUCUGUACCAUUAUUUUUUCAGUUCCUGGCUGAUUGUUUUCCCCCACCCCAAUAAAUAUUCAGAUAUGUGUUGUCCACAAUUGAGAUCAAAGUUGUUGAUAUGAAAGAAGUGAAAUUCGUUUUUGCAUUGUGCUUCCC